AUGCGUACUGAACAUCGCUGGUACAUCCUUCAGCAGCGGUUAAGAUCACCGUCUCCUUCAAGCAAAAGUGCGAUCCAGCUGGACGCUGAAGAAGAUUUAUUACCGCGUUGGAAGAAGGAGAGAAGUCGUAUACGGCAUCAGGUUGGAGCUCCCGUCUACUUGUGUCUGGUCCUUGGAGAAGGACUCAGCAAAGGUUGACG